UCAUUCAUUCACACGCGCACUUCACGUUCAACCGUUGUCCGGGAAGCAUGCUGUGUGCGCUUCGUUCCGCGUGAAACUCGUGUCGUGUGUUUUCCGACUCCGUUCCCAUGUUUGGCCAUUGCUAGGUGCAUGUCGUUGGUGUGAAGCAUACGUGUGUGGUUGAGGGUGCAGCUCUAUUGCAGCCGAUUGUGUACGGGUUUGGGUAGAUACAGUCUGGACCCGUCCUCCGUGUCGUUGCUGAGGUGCAAUUGACUUUUGUCAUUCGCACUUUGGGUCCGGGUUGGCUCGGUGUUGACCAGAGUGAAACGAUCGCGAAGUGUUUGUAAUUCUAACCUCAACUAACCUCUAUUGGAGGAGCUGUAAAGUUGGGAAGUCAUCGAGACGAGAACAUCGUUUCGAAGCUCGUCGUGGGAAGUUCUACUAAUAUAAAUUGAACUAUGGGCAGUACAGGUUACACGUGUAUAAGGCGGACAUUUUGUUCCUUCAACAUCCUCAUAUGGCUUUGCGGUAGCGGAUUCCUAGCGAUAGGCGUGUGGCUUCACUUUGCCUAUCCCGGGUAUGCCACACUACUGCCCGACCAUGCCGUACUGAGUGCCGACUGUAUGUUCAUCACUGUCGGUGUGAUCAGCUUCGUGAUCGCGUUCUUCGGUUGCUGUGGUUCCUGGUUCCAGUCACGAUGUUUCCUGGUUAUUUACUUCACACUGGUGGUACUAUUGUUCCUCAGUGAGUUCUUGCUAGGUUCGUUGGCGUUUGUAUUCCGCGGAGGUAUUGGACGUAUGUUGACCCAGGAGCUAAAAUACGGCAUCGAGAAACACUACAAUGUGUCGGAUCGUGGAGGUUUCCUGACCCCUUCCGUUGCUUCUAUUUGGGACAAUCUUCAGGUGGAUCUACAAUGCUGUGGAGUAUCCUCGUACGAAGAUUGGUACGAUAUCAGUGCAUGGCCCGGUGAGCGAUGGGUGCCACAGUCCUGCUGUCGCUCUCAGUAUGGAUCAAUGUUUUCGGAAGGAUCUGGUGAUGAACUAGCAAACGUCGACUGUCGGAAAGCUGGAAAUCCUGCACUCCUAUGGGAUAAGAGCUGCGGUCAGAUUCUUCAGAUGUGGUUCGUACAGCGACUUCACAUAGUCGGUACGGUUGUGUUAGUAAUAGGCUUUCUUCAGCUGUUCGGUUUGAUAUCAUCCAUGCUACUGUUCUGUACCGUGAAACACAAACGUUCCUCGAAAACGUACAAAUCCUACUCACCUACCGUGGACACGACGCUCAAUCGUAAUGGCACCAGCGCUACCUACAUGGACGACUGACUGUAUGGCUGAGGUUGGUUGAUGUUCGGGGAAUCGACACCCAUUCACACCCACCAAGCCUCAUCCUGCAGCAAACAUAGCAUCACACCCGAUAGAACAACAAUACUCACCAGUCUCGAAGCGGGAAACGUAGCUAAAUCGCUCCCCGUCCACCAAAGUACGGGAUGGGGAAUGGCUAAUGGUUGUAUAUACGUGCCGAGGGGAGUGCACGUGUGAUUUUUGCUGCACACAGUGCAACAUCUGUGUGUCGAACGAUUGUGCCAAAAACAAAAGGAAGGAAGGAAGUAAGCGAAUCCACAUAACAAUCCAUUAAAAUUGCGCGAUAAAAAAACGACUCGCAGGAAAUGCGUAAGGCGACCAAAAUGGAAACCAAUUAUAGUUUAUAUAGUGCGACACACAAAAAUCAAAAUGGACCCCGAUUUGUGGUCGAUUUUCGGUGCGCUAGUUGUAGAAGGUAGAAUACUGCACAGUUUUAUUUAUACAAUCAGAUUUAGUUUAAGGCUUUCUGGCCAAACCUUCAUUCCGCGCAACUGCCUACCUAAAACUACCAAAAAACUACCUUGGGGUUGAGUGAGGAUAGAAAGAUAGAAAGACGUUAAAACAAAGAGAGAGAGAGACAGACAGAGAAAUGUCUCGUAAAACGACCGUCAAACAUUCCCGAACGAUUACUCAAAAAUCCGCAUGAUAGAACGUUAAGUAUUUACAUUAUGAAUAAAUUACUACAAAGCGAUACAA